AAAUUUAAAUUUAGAUAUCGUAGUUUUCGUGAAUCGUAAUAAUUGAGCUAAUAUUGGAAUAAUAAAUAUUAGCAAUUAUUAAUAAUACGUUGCAGCUUUGAAAGUGCCUAAAGACGUCCACUGAAAACUGAUGCAUCAUCAAAUUAUUUUCUUUUGCUGGUAUUUUUAGAAUGUUCCUAUUAUUUCGUUGGUAUAUUUAUUAUUUUACUUAUUGUUCUCAUGCGAACCGCCUACAUUUUUUAAUUUUGGAUUUUAAUAUACCAAGAAAAUAGUAAGUAAGUAAGUACGUACGUAUGUUUGUAAUGCCUACAAAUACGCAAUGCAUGCGUAUCGCGGUACAAUUUAUUAUCAUACAUUUACGUUUGCAGCUUGCAACGUUUUCGCUAGUAGUGUAUGGUUUGUAGUUCUAUUUUUACAAUUACAAAAUGUUCGGUGCAUUAAAAAAAAUAUAUCAAUUAACCACGUAGUGGAGUAGGUAGCACGUUUCAUACCAAUUAUAUACUGUUUAUGCUAGCCCAUUGAAACAUGGUCGAUUCUUUAUUAAAAGUGUUUAAUAAGCAUUAUUUCUUCAGCUGCUGCAGUAUUUUAUAGCAGCUGAUGUAUUUUAUCUAACCGUGCAGUUAGAAACAACUGUGCAUAAAUUGCGAUUUAAGGCAACGUUGAACAACAUCGGCAAAAGCAUUAUUAAUUACUGCUAUUAUUAUUAUGCCUUACAAUAAUAUUUAAUUGCAAAAGAUCAUUAAACAUAAGCUUAGUACAUAUACACUUUUACGUUUGCUAUAUAACUAGAUCUGGCGACCAGUGAAAUGGAUAGGUGUUUACUUUGUUUGGAAACGAACUUUGAAUUUCAGCUAAACAUCAAGGUGGAUUCAACACAAUGGAAAGAACUAGAGGUGGAGAGUGUUAUAGAAAAACAUUUAUGGCCGAUAAACAAUAUUGAAUCCUACCAAUGGAUGUGUCAUACUUGUUGGAAAGAGUUAUAUGAUUUUGAUAAAUUCUAUACACGCCUAGAAAACGCUCAUGCCAAUUUGCUUACAGUUAAUUCGGAAAAUAUAAAACUGGAGACAUCACAUAAUGGAUCACCCGUACUAGCGGAAAUGUUCCACGAAACCAAAGGUAUUGACAAAGAAGUUUUAUUUGAAGAUAGCCUAGAAACGGAAAUGUUAAUAAUAAACCCAUCAAUACCGACCUGUGAAUUAAUUAUUGAAGAAAAUAAAUUACCUAUUAAUGAAACUUUGUCGGACACUGAACCGAUUGUGCAAAAGAAGCGUAGAGGUCGACCACGCAAGCAGCAAGAUGCGGAAAGCUGUCUACCGAAAACAAGAAAAAAAGUAAAAAUAUUAAAACGCCAAGGUGUAAAACGAAAGCAAAAAGAUAAUAUUCCUUCCCGCAUAACGUCUGGUAAAACUAUUGUAGGAUCUAAUAAGGCUCUUGAGAUAAAGCCAGAAAUCAAGGAAGAACCAGAACUCUUAAUAACAAAUACAGAACUUAAACAAAGCGCAAAUUUGGUAGAUUACUCGUUUAAUGAUCAUUCGAACACCGAUUACGAUUCUGAUUACAAUCCUUCAGAUACUCAAAAUAUUAUUUCACCUCAUGCUAACUGCGAAGAGGUUAAGCGUUCGAAUAGCAAACGCUCUCGCUCUCUAAGCUAUCGAACAACUAAGCAAAACGAAAGCGACAAAUUUAUUGCUGAACAUUUUAAAAUCACGUGCGGUGUAUGUCAGGAUCCGUUGGAAAAUUUUAACGAACUGCAGCGACAUUUCAGAAAAUGUCAUCAAAGGCGUGCUUACGUUUUAUGUUGCAAGAAAAAAUUAUUUAAACGCAGUUAUCUCGUUGAUCAUAUACAUCAACAUCUAGAUCCAAAUUACUUCAAAUGUGACCAAUGCGGUAAAGUUAUGGGCAAUCGACGUUCUUUAGAAUUGCAUGCGAAAAUGCACGAAAGUAAUCGGGAGAAAAUACACAAAUGUCCUGUAUGCGGUAAAGCAUUCGCUGCUUGGAAAGUUAUGCGAACGCACACCUUAAUACAUAUCCCCGAAGAAGAGAGGAAAUUUCGCUGUGGUGAGUGCGGAAAAAGUUUUGGUGAUCAAUAUUUACUUAAUAAUCACAUACGAAAUGUUCACUUAAAUAAGUAUGCGAAGGUAUGCGAUAUAUGCGGAAAAUCUAUAAGGAGCAGCGAUGUCUUUGAACGUCAUAUGUUAGAACACACGGGACAACCACCGCCGGAAGUAAGCUGUGACAUCUGCGGCCUUAAAUUAAGCGGGCCACGUGGCUUGAAACGUCAUAAGAUGAUACAACAUCCUGAAGGUGGUAAACAAGAAUCAGUUUGCCCAAUAUGUUCGAAGGUAUCACCAAAUCCGUUCGCUCUGAAAAGACAUAUUAAAUUUAACCAUGAAAUGGCUAACAAUCAUAAAUGUACUAUUUGCGAAAAGGCUUUCAAACGGCAGACGACAUUAAUCGAACAUAUGACUACACAUACUGGCGAUGUUCUUUAUAUUUGUACCUGGUGUCCAAAAACUUUCAACUCUAAUGCGAACAUGCAUGCUCAUCGCAAACGUGCGCAUCCUAAAGAAUGGGCAGAACAUCACCGCAAAAAGUAUGCAGACAAUUUCGCCCUUAAUUUCCUGCCAUCAGGGCCAAAUAGUACGGAAAAGUUGCAAAUGCAGGCGCUAAUAUAUAUCAUAUCCAAUCAUUACGUUAUAACGAUGGCUACUGAGAGCAAUUUUUCAAAAGUUAGUAACGCUGUUACGAAAAAUUAUAAGGGAUAUGAAUCUGUAAUGAAAAACGGUUAUUGUGAAGAACGAGUCAUAUCUUUGGACGAAUUCUAUCGCAAAUACCAACGAGAAGAAAAACACAUUGAAGAGGAGGCGUUAUACGGGACAUCCGCAAUGGAGUAUUUUAUGGAAGCCUUCAAAAGUCUUGAUGAAUAUCCUGAGAACAUACAGAAGCCGAAAAAAUUAGGACCUAUAAAAGAUCGCCAUCACUUUACAUCGCUAAAAUCUUCAAUUUCAUUAACAGAUGUGUCAAACUCAAUUUCUAACAUUAGCCAAUCACAAAAUUUUUUAAGUGUAGCCAAACCGGAAGGAUUAUCAACGGCUUCGGAAACCUUCAACGAUUUUAAAAAAUUUCAACAACAAUUGAAACAGUUAAAUGCCUCGUUACGAGAUCGUCAGAAUGAAGCAGCGUAUGUUGCAAAAUUACAACGUCUAAACCAGUUUUCGCAACAACUGUCUAAACUUUACCCUGAAGAAGGGAAUAUUAAAUUAGCCUUAACAGAGAAGCAAGAGAAGAAUUUAGAUAAAUUGCUUGACGAAAUUGAUAAUGCAAACGCUACUCGGACCUGUUGCAAUAUUCUUAAACAACCUAAUUUUAGUACUUCAAAACGUUUGGAGAAACUAACCCAGAUCUUAUCAUUUUGUUUACAUUCACAUCACAAAAAGCGUGCAGCGCAAGAACAAACAUGUCCAACAUAUUCGGAAGUGUCACCAAUUUUGCAAUCCCAUGAACGGCUUAGUAAAUAUAUACUGGCCUGCACACUUAAAUGUAACAUAUGUGAAAACGCCUUUAAAAGAUCAAAGGCGUUCAAGCCUAAAAGGAAUUGUGCAUCCAUUCAGCAGGUAUGCAGGAAUUGUUGGAAUGUUAUAAGAGAUUUUCAUGCUCUGUAUGUGCGGGUAGUAGAAGCUCAUCACCAAUUGGAAUCGAAAACCGUGAUUGUCGACGAUCUGUUACCUCAUGAGUUGAAACUGAAAUCUGAGCGAAUUUCUUGUACUGAUGAAACAAUUAAAUUGGCAAAUAAUUUAGCCGAAAACAUCUUUGAUACGGAGGUUAAGGUUGAAGUUAAUGAUUUAGACCUACUUCCACAAAUCGAAAUAAUAGAAGAAAUUCCAAACCUAAGUGAGCGAUCUCUGCGCGCUUCAAGACGGAAUCGUCAGCAAAUGCAUGACAUAUUAUCAGAUAAAGAAACGUGUAAUAAACGUAUUAAACGCGAGUUGUCUAUUGAACUUAAUAUUGAGCCCAGCCACGAUAUAUUUGCCGACACGGAUCUUCCUGCAACAGAAUCUGCAAAGACUGAUAACGACAGUGUAAUUAAUAAUUCCUUAAAUGUUAUUGUAGACGAUAAUGUACAAAACACAAAUGUUAUGGUAAAAAAGCGAGGUAGGCCUCGUAAAACCGAGGCAGACAAAGCAAAAGUUAAAUUGUCUGUUACGGCUACUAAGGGUAAUACAAAAAAAUCGCAACUACUAGAAGAAAAGAAUAUUAAAAACGAGCUAUUGGAUACUUUCUUGGAAGAAGAUCAGACGUCAAUCCCAAUUCCACUAGAGGAAAAUGUUAAAUUGGAGCAAAAGCAUGAACAAGAAGAUAAAGAUUAUCUUAAGAACAAUCUCGUUUGCAAUGACGACUAUGAGAAUUUUGUGAAUGACGUCGACUCUGAGGACUCUUCCCAAUCGACGAGUGAUACGGACGAUGACACAGAUGCCAGUUGGCCGGAGGAGAAACCUAAUGACAAAUAUGCCAUAAUCUAUCGAAAAAUAGCUGUAAAACCUAAAAAAUAUCGUAAACAUCCUAAACCGUUAGUGCCUCCAAAGCGUAUGACCCGCGAAGAGAUCGAAGCCCGUAAUGCUCAACAAGCUGAGUACGAUACCGUUAUUGCUAAAUUUUACGAUAACAUGCGAUGUCCGAAAUGUCAACUUCUCGUACGUUGUUUUGGCGAUAUGCGAGCUCAUUUUCGCAUCUCGCAUAACGAUGAUCAUGGCUUCGUGGAAUGUUGUGGUAGAAGAUUUAUUACCCGUAAAACACUUGCAGAACAUGUGUAUGUGCAUUGGAAUCCCGAUCAUUUCAAAUGUAGCAGCUGCAAUAAAACGUGCCUAGACUCGAAGCAAUUGGAAACACAUGAGAACACACAUCUACCCAAUCCGCGUCCAUCCAAAUAUAAGAAAACAUUUCAAUGCGACAAGUGCCCGAAAACCUUCUCUUCAAAAGCAUCAUUCGAACACCAUUCCUUCGCAAAGCAUGUACCGAAAGAGGAAUUCAAAUUCGAAUGCCCGGAAUGCAAGAAAAAAUUACCGACCGAUCGUAAAUUGAAGGAACAUUUGAAAUACUCACAUGAUCCACAAAGUUCAGUUAUAUGUGAUAAAUGUGGCAAAACACUAAAGAGUGGAUACAGUCUUAAAAAGCAUAAUGAAAUAGAACAUUCGGACAAACCGAAGCCACCACCCGAGCCCCAACAAUGCGAAAUAUGUGGCACUUGGCUGCGCCAUUUAUCCGGACUUAAGCAGCAUAUGAAGAGUUUACAUGAAGAUACUAACAUUGAACACCGCUGUCAUAUAUGCAAUAAAACCUCUUCCACAGCCAGAGCUCUUCGAAGACAUAUCUAUCAUAAUCACGAAUGUGCCAGAAAAUUCAAAUGUACCCUUUGUGAGAAGGCAUUUAAAAGGGCUCAAGAUUUAAGAGUAAGUUUUUCUCAAUUCCAAUUUCAUAUUAAAAAAAGCAGUCCAACAAUCCGCUCAUCGCCUCAUAUAGAUGAAGAUUCGCUAUAUGCCAAAGAUCAAAAUAACAACCACGCGCCUGCAAUAUCGCUUCAGCGGAAUGCGACACUUUCACAAGCCAAUGGAACGGGGCUUAAAUGGCGUAUGCCUACAGGGGAGCCAGGCAUUUAA